UGGUAUUCCUGCAGGAUUGCCAGAGCAUAUGGGGUCAGACGUUGCCUGGGUGGAAUGGUACCAGACUCAACUGCAAGGCUGCAACGGGCAUCGACUGCGAUAGGAACGGGAUGAUCACCCAGAUAAAAUUCCAAGGCGGCCUUAGAAGAGGAGGGCGCCUUCCGAGCUCCAUCUCCAACCUCCGCGAACUUACUGUCCUAUCUAUUCGUUCCGCUAAGCUCAGUGGCACGAUUCCUUCCGAAGUCUACAGACUCACAAAACUGAGGCUCCUGGACCUUGCAGUGAAUCGCUUCAGCGGCUCAAUCCCAACUGCGGUCGGCAAUCUUACCAACCUGUGUUACUUAUCUUUCUUGCGCAAUCAGCUAACUGGUUCGAUCCCCGAUGCCAUCAACGAUCUUUCCUACCUGCGAUACCUGGCUCUCGAUAACAAUCAGCUCAAUGGUUCGAUUCCAGCUGUAAUGAGCAAUCUUGAGGGGCUCACAACAUUAUCUCUCUGGCGCAACCAACUGACUGGCUCAAUUCCAGAUGCUAUCUACGACCUUUCAGUACUGCAAAACCUACUUCUUGAUAGAAAUCAACUCACAGCCUCAAUUCCUGCUGCAAUCAGCAACCUUAGAAGUCUCACAAAGCUAUCCCUCUCGCGCAAUCAGCUGACAGGCUCAAUCCCUAAUGAACUCUACGAGCUGACGAGCCUACGAAGGCUAUAUCUCACGUUGAAUAAGCUCACUGGCACAAUCUCUUCUGCGAUCAGCAACCUUGCAGAACUGGUGGAGCUCUUUUUGGAUCAAAACGAGCUGGACGGCAGCCUGCCAGCAACGAUUACUGCACUUGCAUCCCUGGAUCAGCUAACCCUUGCCGUGAACAGCCUCACAGGAACGAUCCCUUUAUCAAUCAGCAACCUUUUCGCUCUUCGAUAUUUGGAGCUGGAGAAAAAUCGCUUUAGCGGAACGAUACCUCAUACAAUUGGCAGGCUGGGAAAUUUGACCUUCCUGUCACUGGCCUACAACCAGGUCUAUGGAAGUUUACCUGCCAGUCUCAACAAUCUGACAGGACUGCAGACCCUUGAUCUCUCUCACAACUACAUCACAGGGCCCCUUGUAACUCUCCCACCUAUCGAAGCAGAUCUGUCCAGCAACUACCUGUCGGGGCUUGUGCCCGGACCAGACUGCCUUCGGCACAGCAUCACCGCCAACUGCUUUGCGCAGAACAAAGCCUGCCGCCCUCCCCUGCAGCGGCCCCCAGCACAGUGCACGGCGUUCUGUGGCAUCUCCCCGACCACUGCUGCCUGUGGCGGUCGUGGCUUGUGCUACCCAGACGGGGCCAGCUUGGUGCCAACAUGCUUUUGUGGUGGGGGAUUUGUUCAGCUUGGACGAAGUGACUGUGUUCCUCCAGGGCCCCCAAUGAACAUUCUCCCGCCAUUCACGGUCCUCACCAAGGGCACGCAGCAGGAGACCUUGGGAAGGUUCUUGGCGAAGCCAGUGACCCUGUUUCUGUACCCGCCUGGUGUGACCUCGGGAUGCGGCGUGGAGUUGCCCUUCAGUGUCAACUUCACCUUUGCUCUCAUGCCGCAGUCUGGUACAGCAGGAUCAAACGGCUUUGCACUUGUCAUCGCAGCAAAGCCCAAGGCGGGGAAGCCUGGUGGUGUGGGGUACAGUGGAUUGGGGUCUCAGAGCAUGGCCGUGGUAUUCGACACGCUACAGGAUAAUGCGGGAGAGCAGCACGUUGGGCUGAGCAUCAACGGCACAGAAGAACCCUUGGUCAAGGAGGUGUCACCAUUCACUCUGACAGACGGCGACUCAUACAAGGUGUGGGUGGACUAUGAGCCUGGGGAUCCCGGCACCAUUCAAGUGUUCCUGGCGGAUUCAAAGACGAAGCCAGAGGCGCCGCUGCUGCUGGGGAGGGUGUCGCUGUGUGCAGUGCUGCAGCCUGGAGUGAAGCAGCCAGCGUUCUCGUUUGGAUUCGUGGCGUCCACCACUGUGAAGCCCUUCCAGCUGCAAGGCAUUACCUCCUCUGCUGUGCAAACAGGCAUUCCUAAACCCAAGGUAGUCCAGAUGAAAGAUCAAGCCCUCGGCCUCUCAUUGUCAGAGGCCACAUUUGCACUGUCUCGAGGCAGUCCGUUUUCACGCUACGUGAGUUCGGAUUUCGAGCUCUCGGCCACCAAGAAGGACGCGUGGAGGCUUCGUGACUUCCACACGUGGGACUCGGUGUCCUUCCUCGGCUGGCCUGUCAAGAACCAGGAAGGCUGCAAUGCGUGCUGGGCGUAUGCGGUGGUGGCGAGUGUGGAGGCGGCAUACGGCAUUGCAAAGCAGCAGAGCGCUCCCCUGCUGGCAGUGGAGGCGCUCUUUGCGCUCAUGGGGCUCUCCGACUCCGACAAGUGCUCCGCUGGUGGCUCCCCCACCCACGCCUUUGAGACGCUCGUGGCCCUUGAUGCCUCCAGUGGACUCACAGGGGCCAGCGACCCGGCGACAACGUAUCCGGUGCAGUCGUUUGAGCGAGCGCAGUUCAAGGGGUAUGUGGGGCUCAUGAUGGCAGUGCAGAACCAGCCAGUGGUGGUUCACAUCCAGGCGUCUGCUGCCACGUUCAUGCUGUAUGACGGGACAUAUAAAUACCAGGAUCCUGGUUGCUACACGGGCAGUCUCAACCAUGUUGUACUCGUUAUUGGGUACUUCAUUACAAGAAAUGAUGGCAGCCAGAACCGCAUUGCUCCACCGUUUUGGAUCAUCCGUAACUCGUGGGGAGAGGAUUGGGGCGACAAGGGUCACAUGCGCAUGGACAUUCAGGGAGGGGAUGGCGUGUGUGGCAUCAACGUGCUGCCUGGCAUCUACCCCAUUGUCAAGAUUCCAGGGGACCCCUGCGGUCAAAGCAGCUACCAGGGAGAUCGACCGCAGCCCGUCAUGAACCCGUGCGGCCGGUUUCAGUGCAGCGGGACUGCAGAGAGCACCAAUAACUGCACCUGCAACAUCCCUACCGCUAUUGUGCAGCCUUUUGUACAGAUCGAGAAUGGAAAUGGCUUCAACACAUGUGCAUAUCUGGACGUGUGUGGGUCAUACUUCAAGAACCCCUGCUACGUGGGAGCAUGCAUCAACGAUGGCAAGGGCGCCUACUCCUGCAUCUGCCCUCCCAACCACGUGGAAAGCAAAACGCUUUACGGCUUCCCAACCUGCGAUCCAGCUAAUACCACGGCCACCACAAUGACAGUCAGUGGAGACAACUGGUGGUGCUCGGAUGUUCAUCCACUUGUUGGCCUCUCGCUGACUGACUUCACCGACCAAAACAUAGGCAUUGAUUGCAGCCAGCCAUUGCCCAAGGGCAGUGUUCUUCAGCUGGAUGGUACUCCCGCCACACCCUGCACUGCCUUCUUCUACACCCUCACUGUGAGACCUGCUGCUUUCUUGACUACAACACACGCAGCGCUCAACUUCACUGAAGCUGAUCUCGCCACACUCAACCCCGGUCUUGACUGCUCCAAGCCCAUCAAAGCGGGCCGCUCCGUGUGCCUCGAGCGCAGUGCUGCCUUCGCCUUCACCGUUGCCGAGUGUGUCAGAUACGGCAUGCUCACACCUCAGGACACGUGCGAGCAGCUGCUUCAAAGAAUUGGCAAGAGCAUGUCCUCGUCGGAAGAGGACUCGGAUGGCACUACACAAGGGGGUGCCAGUGAGAACCCAUGGGCUGCGCUGUACCGCAACAAUCCCGGCCUCACUUGCUCCAACACCAUCCCUUCCUCGGCCUACGCGACGGGAAGCAAGAUUGGCGUACAGGUGAGGGCUGUGAGUAGGAGGAGAUGGUGUGGGGGGGAGGAGCUCGAGUUGGGCAUGUGCACCAAGGGGAGGGCCAAGCGAGUAGCAAGAACAUUGACAUGUUCAGGUGCUUACCGCUUCUAUGGUGGAGGAGCUGCUGGUAGUGCGGCGUAUACAGACUAUAAUGGAAGUGACGUUCGAGCUCAACCUGGCAGUGGCUUCCCUCUCAAGCUCGGCACGCUCAGCACAGCUGAGCAGCCAUGGCGGAUCCAACGCCCGCAGGCACCUACCAUCUGGACGCAGGGCGAGUGUUCGACGCAUGCUGGCGCUGCCGCAUUACCUCGUGUCGCUGCCGCAUCAACUCCUGCCGCUGCCGCAUCAACUCCUGACGCUGCCGCAUCAACUCCUGACGCUGCCGCAUCAACUCCUGACGCUGCCGCAUCAACUCCUGACGCUGCCGCAUCAACUCCUGCCGCUCCCGAACCCACACGGAACCGUCAUCCUGUCGCUGUCGCAUCGGACCCCACGAGUGCAGGAUUCCCGCCAAUCAAGUGCUCGGUCUGCAUUGCGCACGGCGGUGUGGGCACGAACUUCGGCGCCAAAGGAGAAGGGGCGACCGAUGUGCAGACCCAGGCAAUGCGGAAGCAUCAACGCACAAGGAAGCACCGCCGCGCUCUGCGCAGACAGAGGACAGCCGAGGCGGCGCUCAAAGCUAACCGCCGGAUUGACGACAACAAGAAGGUGAAAGACGUCGAGAAGGAGCGCCUGCUCGCGCUAUUUGAGACGGCACUCUUCAUCGCUAAGUCCGACGCCCCGAUCGAGAUGUACGUCGACCUCGUCCAACAUCUAGCGCAGCGUGGCACACCGGGCUUCCCAAAGAGCAGUUAUGGUGCCUACUAUACGACGGAAGCGCUUGCUGCAAAGGAGGCGGCUAAGGCACUACCCGAGCUUGGCAUAAUCGACGCGGUUAUCCGCGCAGUGGCGGAAGAUCUCGGCAGAUCCAGCAACUCCAACCGCAAGUUCAAGGAGCUGCAGGAAGUGUUCACGCAUACCAACCUCGAGGUCCAAGGGAUCCACAGUGUCCGCUGGUUGAGUCGCGGUGAUGCAAUCGCACGAUUCGUACGCGUUCUGCCUGCUGUCAUCGUUAUGCUCGAGGAGUCGGACAAGACGAUGUACCACUUAGUAACGUCGUUCACGUUUCAUUACUUCCUGUUCUUCUUGGCAGAUGUGCACACGGCACUCAACGCGCUCAACCUGCUAUUCCAGAAGCGACAGGUCGACCUCACUGCAGUGCACUCCCAGGUGAGGCGGACCAUCAUCUACAUGGAGCAGAGGUACCUGAACUGUGGCCAGCAGUUUGGCGGUGGGACCAGCGAGCUGCUGUCUGCUUUCCUCGCGCGGCACGCCUCGCCCGACUGCCGUGAAGUGACUGUGGAAGGGGUGGACAAGGAGGGUCAGCCCCGUGUACACAAGUUCCAGCUGCACGAGGAGGCAGUCAAGGGAUACACCACCAGCAGCGGGGACAUGCAAGGCUGCUACACCUGCUGCCGCUCAUUCGCCCGCGAGCUGGUGUACAACCUCGAGCUGCGCUUGGGAGACCUGACGCGCUUGAACGGGGCGAAGCUCUUCAUGCCCCGCUCGUGGCCGAGGGGCGUCGAGGCAAGAGACGCAGAGUGCAAGGAGCACCUGCACGGCCUCGUCCAUCUGUUUCAGGCCAAGAACCGGGACACGAUCUUGCCUGAAGCGUGCGGCACGAGCGGAGCUGCGCACGUUCCUGCCAGUGCUCUCCACUGCCCCCAAGGAAGAGCAGCCCUUUCACGCAGGAAAAGGCGCCCCAGCAAGCGCAAGGAGCAAGCUGCGCCAGAGAAGGAGCGGGCCAAGGCCAAGUUUGUUAAGGGGAGUGGCCGCCGGGUGGUGGAGGAGGAGGACCUAGACGAGGGCAUGUGUGGUUCUGCAGGCGAUGGCAGUGAGAGUGAUGACGAUGCCAGUAGCAGUGGUGAUGAUGCGAGCGUUUCUUCUGAUGAAGACAUGACAUGA